UGAGCAGAGAUAUAUAUGGUUACCAAAAACAGAACUUUCACUUGGCCUAUAUGGUCAUACACGAGAGCAAAAAGGUCUGCUUCACCACAGACCUCUGUCUCACCUGUCAAAGGCCGCCGAUCGAGAUCAUUGUCGAGGUCUAGAAGGAGUCGUUCUAGGAGCCCAUCUGUGGAUGCAACCAAUCCUGGAAACAACUUGUAUGUAACAGGCUUAUCCACAAGGGUUACCUCUGCUGAUGUUGAGAAAUUCUUUAACAAAGAAGGCAAGGUGUUGGAGUGCCAUCUUGUAACUGACCCUCGCUCCAGAGAAUCUCGUGGAUUUGCAUUUGUCACAAUGGAAACUGUAGAGGAUGCAGAGCGAUGCAUUAAGUACUUGAAUCGUUCUGUGCUUGAAGGUCGACUAGUCACUAUGGAAAAGGUCUGGUGUGUGUACUUCAUCGAAUUCACAAUCUAA